GAGGCAGGACGCGCCAAGUCCCGAAGGAGGAGCGGGGAGGUUGGGAAACAGUUGGCAGUCCAGUAACGUAAGACUGCUGAGCGGAGAUACGAAGGCGGCGAAAGCCCCUCCUCAUUCCCUUGUCUUACGGAAGGCUCCUUGGAUGACAGCGUGCUGCGAAGCAUCCCAUGGGCCCGGCCCCCAUGGCAUUCCACAACAAAGACGUGGGACCCCUAUCGCCCUCCCCCUGGGACACCAUCCUGGAGGCCGUCAGGGAGCAGCUCCCGUCUCUGGACUCUGAUUCAUCCUUGUCAGACUGCGAGGAAGAGGAGCUGUUCAUCUUCCAGCGAGAUCAAACCACCCUGAUUCCAGACUUGUCAGAGGAACUGGCUGAAGACCCUGCCGGGCCCUGGGUCACUCCCUCUGGGUUUCCUCCUGAGCCAGCGGUGCACGUGGAGCCCACCCCAGAACCUUGGAGGGACUGUAGCCCGAGGCUUGGGGAGUCAACCUCCCUGGAAGGAAGGGCCCCCGGGGGACCUCUGCAGAGCUGUGGCCAGAGCAGCUCCCACCUCAGGAUGCCCGUGGAGGCCGCCGCGUGGCAGGAAGACGAGGGGGGCAGGUCGUUCAACACCAGCGCAUCCCAAAGUGGCAGCCAGGGGCCACAGGGUCAGGCCACCCUCCCCCCUGGGGAAGCAGCCCUGCAGACAGAGGGCCCGGGUGCUGCCUCAGGGGCCCCGGCAGGCUCCAACUCCACGAACCGCAGGGGCCUCCGGAGGGAGAGAAGGAAGAUGAUCAAGAGGGACAUACUCCACAAGGUCACCGGGAGCGCCCGGCACCCAGCCUGCCAGGACCCAAGUCCAGUGGAGGAGACGCCCCGUGACACUGCAGAAAAGCCACCAGAGGGGCCCCAGCGGGGACUGCCCAUGCACUCCCUCCAGCAACUUGAAGAGUGGGAUUUGGAUCAAGUCCUUCAGAGUCUGACGGGGCGAGAAGAUGACCAGGGAGAUGGCGCUCCUGGAGCCACAUGCUGUGCAGCUGACCACCUCGAGGGCCAAGGUCUGACCUUGAACCCAGACCACGCGGAGCCGAACACACAGGACAGGCUCAUGGAACGGCUCGUCCUCCUGUGUGCCAGGCAGUCCAGAGCCUCUCCUUCUGCCCGGAGGGCACCUGCUGACAUGCCCCAAGACAAGCAGCAGGAGGCUGGAAGCAGGUGCGUUUCCAGGGAGCUGGGCUUCCAGACGCUGGCCGAGAACGUGCGGCUGAGGGGCCCAGCCGAGCCCCCCACCAUCUUCAUUGACCUGCGGCCAACAAAACCAUCAGACCAGGGGUCGCUGGACAGCUCCAGCUCCAGCUCCAGCUCCUCCAACAGCGAGGAGGAAGAAGAGGAGGAGGCGGCAGCUCAGAGAGACCCAAAGGGCCCAACACGGCUCAGGUACUGCACGGGCAAGAGUCAGCUUCUCCAGCAGCUCAGGGCAUUUCAGAAGGCCACGGCUCAGCCCCAGCUGCUGGCCGGUGAGGGUCCCAGCAACCAGAAGGCUCAGGGCCCUGGAGACACAGCCGGAUCCAGCCCUGUGGAAAAGCAACACUGCACCCUCUGGGCCGAGAGGCAGAGCACCCAGGCCAGACACCCAGAAGGAAGUCUCGGGGCCCUGGGAGACCCUCUUGGGGCAGGGACAGCCAGGGAGGAUCUGGUACCCGCUCUGGGCCAACUGUAGAUGCCUCUGCUAAUGGGUCUGAGGAAGUGAGUGAAUGGCCUGACUUUCCAUCCACACUCGAGGCCCUGGGGUCCCCUGCUCUUGCACCUCCAUCUGCAUGUGCCCCUGCAGCACAGGGACCCUCCUGCAGUGGCCCUGCCACCAGACCCGUUAGAACACAGUCAGACAUCUUCAGGCACUGAGAACAAAGACACCAGUACCAACUGCACAGAGCAUGACAGCUCAAGCGGCCCCAGGCCUCUGAAAAGAGACCAGAAAGAAACACCAUUCCUUUUUAAAACUAAAAAACUUACCUCAAGGUUGAAAAGGUCUUGAAGAACUUAGCUUGAUCUUCUGGGUCCUGGUCCUGGAUGUUUACUGCCUUGUGUUCCUCAACAAACACAACACACACACACAGACGGAGGGACUUUUUGAUAAAAAGGUAGAUGGAAA